UUUAUUGGCCGUCGCCCCUCUCGCGGGGCUGAUGGAUCUGGGCGUCAGCCGGGCUCACAGUGUGAGAGAGAGGCCGGGACGCGCGGAGUAACGGGAAUCUCUGGGACGCGGGAGAGACAGCCGAGGGGAACGGCGGCGCUUGACUAGUUUGUAUGUGAGGGAGGAAUAAAAAGAAGUAGCCCUUUGUAGGUCGCUUGGUAGGCGCUUGCGUUCGUGAUGCGCGUGCGCAUAAAAAAUAACAGGCUUGGUUUGUAGGACGCCGCAACGUCCUGUCUCCACCAAUCCGAAUGCAGCCGGGGGGUGGGACCUAGUCCUGAUUGGCCGGGGGGGAGUCUGCGCGCGCAUUUUGUAGCGUCGCAGCGGUUCGUGGAGGCUGAGGUCGCCAUGGAGUCCGGGCUGAUCCGGCCUUUAGCCCAGCGUCUGGGCGUCGCAGAGCCCGGUGUGCUGAGGAAAGCAGAGGAAUACUUGCGACUAUCCCACGUGAAGUGUGUUGGCCUGUCAGCACAUACCACGGAAACCAGCAAUGCAGUCAUGUGUCUGGACCUUGCGGCUUCCUGUAUGACCUGCCCCUUAGACAGGGCUUAUUUAAUUAAACUUUCUGGUUUGAACAAGAAGAUGUAUCAGAGCUGUCUUAAAUCUUUUGAGUGUUUACUGGGCCUGAAUUCAAGUAUUGGAAUAAGAGACCUGGCUGUACAAUUUAGCUGUACAGAAGCAGUGAACAUCGCUUCAAAAAUACUGCAAAGCUAUGAGUCCAGUCUUCCACAAACACAGCAAGUGGAUCUUGACUUGUCAAGGCCACUUUUUACCACUGCUGCACUACUUUCGGCAUGCAAGAUUCUAAAGUUAAAAGUGGAUAAAAAUAAAAUGGUAGCCGUAUCUGGUGUAAAAAAACCCAUAUUUGAUCGACUGUGUAAACAAUUAGAGAAGAUUGGGCAACAAUUAGAGAAGAUCACCAGAGAGCCUGAAGAUUCAGCUACUCCACUUCAAAAGAAAAAAAAGACAGCGAUUGAACCUCCAGUCAAGAAAAUUGAGAAGAUAGUAGAAGCUUCACAUAAACCACAAAAAGAUGACAAUGUGACACAGGAUUAUGAAGAAUGGAAAAGGAAAAUUUUGGAAAAUGCUGCCAAAGCACAAAAGACUACAGCAGAGUGAUUUCAGCUUCUACAAUGCCAUGUGCUCCAAAUCAGCAUCUGCCAGUCUGCCACCUCAAGGAAGAUCUAAGGGCUUUGGAAUUUUGUUUGAACUUUUAUAAUAAGGAGCCUAAGACCAUUGCCUUAAUAGUAAAGAAACUGGCACUGGUUCUGAGUUUUGGGCAGCAGGCAGCUUCCUUAUGUGGGCAGCAGAUUCAUUACAUGAGCCACAGAGCCUCAUUGACAUUGUCUUGGCUUCCCACACAACUGCAUCCUUCUACUAAAUGGAAUUGGAGCAAUUCUGCUUUUUGUUUUAAGCAAAAGAAAGUCUCUUGUCCUAUUGAGAACAAAAUUCAGACUGAUUAGAAUUUUGUGGGUUUUACUUAAGUCUUUGUGUAAAUUUUUUGGGUUGACUAAUCAAUAUAUGGGACAGCUUAAGUUAAUAAAUGUUAUUUUUGUAUGCAUUCAAGUUGCACUUGUCAUCAGUUUGGGGAAACCCUUGCUAUGCCAAAAGCUCUCUACCAGGAAAAAAAUACCUAGAUUGCUUUGCACUGAAAUAUGUUGCUCACUAAAGCACAAACUCCCAAUCAGACUUAAUGGACUUAAUUAAAACACUUCUUAGACACUUAAUAGCUUUAAACUUGUAGCAACUAAUUUCAUUAUGUCUCAAGUAUAAGUAGAAGUGAAAACAGUCUCUACCUCAGAAUAAUUUGGAAAGUAUCUAAUACUGUAAAGCAUUUAGCACAGUACAUGGUAUCACUAUUUCAUUAUUAGCAUAUAGAGAGGAAACAUGAAUAUAGCUAGAGAUACACAUUAGCAUCACAUUAAAAUAUCAAGAAGUAACUAAGGUUUGUUGAUAUCCACAUAGUAAAAAACGAAGCCUUUCUAAGUGCUACUUAUUUUAAAGCUAUGGAAAAGGUCUUUAUGGAAGAUAAGUUGCUAGGGACUUGUGAGGCAUCAUGCCAAACAUAAUUUUAUCUAAAAUUAAGAGUACAUGAUCUAAAUAUUUCCAUAAAGAAUGCUAUAAAGCAAAUGCUUCUAAAUUUUAAAGCUAUUUAGUGUCAGUAAUAAUGCCCACAGGAAACUUCAAAAUCUUAAUGAGCAUCAGUUUCCUCAUAAAAUGGAACCAUCUACCUCAUGAGGAUUAAAGGUAAUAUUUGUGAAGUACAUGGUAUUUAGAAGGCAUUCACGAAACAGUAACUUUCGUUACUUUGAUCUAAAAUGGAUAAGUGGGGCCUCCCCGGUGG